CAAGAGGCCACGCCCCCCCCGGAAGGUUCCGCGCCCGCAGCGCCCAUGGCGGGUCCGGCGCGCGUGCUGGUGCACGUGCGGCGGGGAGGGGCGGGGCGACCCGCGCGGUUCGGGCAGAGCGUCACCGGCACCUUCUGCCCGAUGCACGAGGACGCGGCCGUGGUGAGCUGCGGCCUGGAGCGCGGCCGGUUCCUGCUCUCGGACGUGGCCUUCCCCGGCUCCACCGCCGCCCUCCUCAAGCGACCCUCCUUCUGCCCCGCCAAGCGCCUGGAGGAGCAGCCGCCCGUCGCCCUCCCUGCCGAGCUGCGGGAUCGGGGGGUGGCCGCGGGGGUGGCCGUGCUGCUGCAGACCAGCACCGGCCGCAUCCUGCUCACCCGCCGCGCCAGCACCCUCAGCAUCUUCCCCAACGUCUGGGUGCCGCCCGGUGGGCACGUGGAGGCGGAUGAAGAGCUGCUGGACGUGGGGCUGCGGGAGCUGGAGGAGGAGACGGGGCUGCGCCUGGCAGCGGGGACCUUCUCCUGGAGGAUGCUCGGCCUCUGGGAGUCCAUCUACCCGCCCAUGCUGAGCCGGGGGCUGCCGCGCCGUCACCACAUCGUCGCCUACCUGCUGGUCGUCUCCGCCGAGUCCCACGAGCAGCUGGAGGCCAGGAUGCGUCCCAGCGAGAGCGAGGUGAGCGCCUACGCCUGGCUGGAGCCCCCCGUCCUGGAGGCCAUCGCAGCCACGGAGGACGGAGCGGAGAGUUUGGGAAAUGUCCCCAGAGUGCUGCCGGCCACCGUUGGCAUCACGGAGCUGAGCAACGGCUCCUCCAGCAGCACCCAGCUCCCCACCGCGACCUUCCUGAACACGGCUCCAGCCGAGGGGGAGGACGUGGAACGGGUCAGCACCGGCACCAAAUUCGCCCUUCGGCUCUGGCUGGAGUCCCUCGGGGAGCGGGGACGAGCGCAGCCCUAGGACGGCGUCACACCGCGCCUGCGGCCGCCGGGGAAAGGAAUAAAGUUCCUGCCCAGGGGGAGCAGAGUCUGUG